AUGAAGGCCGACAAUGUAUCUAUGCAAGGAGGAGGAUACUACAAUGAGAACUCUACUCUCCAAGGCCAUGCUAUAGAUAAGUCGUUGGAGCUGCUUAGCCUUUCUGAGCAUCGAGGCCCAUCAAUAACCUUGGCUGAUUAUGGUUCCUCUGAAGGCCAGAACUCGUAUUACCUAAGCACGUUACCUUCGAUGACAUCGGCGACAUUAGUGUUCAAUGAUACACCAUCAAACGACUUCUCCAGCCUGACGUCGACGAUCCAUCAAAACUGGGAUUCCCUCUCACAAGACGGAAAGGUUGCCAUAAAUACUCUGUUGUCUCCGAGGUCGUACUUUGAGCAGGUUCUGCCAGAUGGCUUUGUUGAUGCUGGCUUCAACUUUACAGCUCUGCAUUGGCUACGCAAUAUGCCCGAUACAUCUUCGACCCCCUCGUCAUUAUCUGCUGCGGCUCACGAGGACUUUCUCACCUUCCUCUCAGUCCGCCAUAAAGAAAUUCGACGGCGUGGAACGAUGAUAAUCUGCGUUCCCUGUGACGGUGAAAUCAGCGUUUCUCCGGUCUUUCGAUGUUUUGAAGCCAGUCUUCGCAACAUCUACGACAAGUAUCAGGUCAACCCGACGAUCGCAAAACGGCUUCCGAUGUACUUCAGGACAUUGGACGAAAUAUUGACAUCUAUCGCUGCUGUCAACACGAAAUGGGGUCUCAGGAGCCAUCAUACCCUACCGCUAACGCAUACCUAG